CAGUAUAUAGGUUUCGUAGCUUGUCCCAUUGGUUUUCUUCUCUACCAAAGUCUAGAAUUUGGUUUUUCGUGUGGUAUUUAUUUCUGUAGGCCGAGCUAAUUUUUUUCGUUUCUUGGAAGAUAUUCAUGGUUGGAUCAGUGACGAGAGUAAAUCUUUGAUCUUGGAGUGGAAAACUAAUCAGAAAAUUUUACUUCUCUUUUCCUGUUCCAUCUGGGAUUUUUCUGGAGGUAGAGUGAGUAUAAGACUUCUCUUUGAUCAAUUCUGCAACGCGGCAGAAAGAUUUUGGUCUAAAUUCUAUUUUAAACUGAACUAAAAAUCUCCCCAAAUCUCGCUCCUGAGAUCUAAUCUUUAAAUCCGAAGUUGAGUUCCUUCAUGUACCCUUUCUUCCGGGUCUUUUUUCCCCAAUUAUUUUACCGAAUUUGUUUGGUUUUCUUUUAAAUGAUUUUAUAUUGAUAACCCUAACCUUUCCUCUGCGUCUCAUUCGAAUUCGGGCAAAAUUUGUUUUGUUGCUGUUAUAUACAUAUAUUAAUCUACCCAUCUCGUUAAUCACUCUCUCUCGCUCUCUCUCUCUCUCUCUCUCUCAUAAUCUAUCACUCUCUCCUUUGACUUUAAAAGGGAUGACAAAUAGCCACCAUCCAAAAGGAUUAAUCAAAUGCCAUCCUCCCACCACCACCACCUCCAGCUCCAUUUGUCUGCUGCUUGCAUAAACACGACAAAAGCCUUUUUUUUGCUUCCACUUUUGAGAGAUUCAAGGGCUCGGUAUCUGGGAUUGGAUUAGUUGCUCAUGUAUAUGUUGGUUUAAUGCCUGGUUACCACCUCUUGGAUCCUCUUUUGGCUGAUAUCUCUAGAAACUCUGAUCUUUCGUUCUGGAGGAAGCAGAAGAGGCAUGAAAUGUUGAGCUUGAGCAUGAAGUAUUUCCUAGAUGUCUUUGCUCUUUGGAAUCACAGGAUAUCAUACAUAAAGGCACGGUUUGCAUUACCGAUCCGUACCAGUGUACCAACCAGCUGUCGGUAUGGUACGUACCGAGCUGUACCGAGUGUACUGACAUAUGAUACACUACAGUGUACAGAUGUAUCAUCUGUACCGGUCCUCUAUCGGAUUGAACAUGUGCUUCUGAUCAAUGUCAUGAGACACCAUGACAGUGAGUUUCAUUUGUUGAAGCCAGACAGUGAGGCUACAUGUGAAGUGACAGAUCUUAAAGCAACUCUAUGUAAAAUUGAGCCUGAAGAUAUAGUCAACUCCAACUAGUUUCAUGGAUAAUGAAGCUUCAAUUAAUAGAAAUCAGUUCGAUCCCGAAUUUACAGAUGCUUUGCUUCGUAAUCCAGCAGGCAGUACUGGAUCAGUUGAAGAAGAAGAAAAAUUAUACCCAGAAAAAUCUGUUACAAAAGUUAAACCCAUUGAGAUAAUAAUUUUCUCCAAAGAUGACACAUGCUCAGUUGUGAAAGACAUGUGCAUAGCGGAAGGUUCAUCCUCUCUUGAGAAAGUUAUGUUAGAAAAUAAAGAGGUCAGUGAGAUGUCUUUUUCAAUGAUAAAUAUGAACAGUGAUGUGAAUGGACAAAUGACAGAUAAUGCUGCACCUGCCGCACAAGAUUCAAAGUUCAUCUCAGCAGUUGAUAAGGUUGUUGAGGAACAAAACUAUUCUUGGAGCUUAUCUGUAGCUGGAGAGAAACCGAACACAGCUGACCAAGUUAAAAGUAAUAGUUCCGUUCUGAAGUUGAGUUCAGAAUUAUUGCUCUCAGCAGGAGAGUCCGAGACAGAUCACAAUCAUGUAGUUCCAAUGAGUUUUGACUUCAGUAGUGAUCGGAGACACUGUAUUGAUGAAGCGAACAUUGAGCAGAAUAAAAUCGAAGACACAUGCUCCACAAUGACAACUUUGCCAUUUAGUGAUGUUGAGCCUGAUAAAAGCAAUGUGGUAAAAGAAAAUUCUACUAGUGAUAUGUCAAAGAUUAUGGGAGAUGGGUGCUCUAUUACCACACACAUGAUUUCUGAUGUAACAGUGUCCAACCACAGUGCAGCCGAGGGAAAUCCUGCUAAUAGUGAGAUGGAUGUUAGAGUCACUGAUCCUACAUUUGAAUCUGGUGCAGCAACAACUGUCAAGGAGAAUAGAAGAGGAGAUAGAGAUAGUCAAGAGUUCGUACAAGUUCAAAACCGUUCUGUCUCUGACAUGACAGUUCCUGAUGCUACAACAGCUCCAGCACAAAGUUUAUUAUAUCACAGUACUCAUGGGGAUCUAAACUUUUCUGGCCCAAAAGCAUCUUCAGGGCAUAUUGCAUACUCUGGCAACAUUUCUAUGCGAUCUGAUAGUAGCACCACCAGUACUCGCUCCUUUGCCUUCCCAAUUUUACAAACAGAGUGGAAUACCAGUCCAGUGAAAAUGGCCAAAGCAAGGAAGUCGCGACGAUGGAGGAUGAGUCUUAUUUGCUGUAAAUUUUGAAGAUAUAUCUAUUAGGCUCUUUCUUCGAGUUUGUUCCCUUAUACCUAACUGACGCUUUAUACCUCAAUGUUCAAUCAAUCUUUACCUUUUUUUGUUGUUUUUUCCUUUACCAAUUUCUCUCCAGCAUGUGUAUUGAUUCUACAGAAGCUCAAUAGGUUGUGGCAUUGGCAUUUUGGAUUAAUUUGAUGUAACAAGAGAUAUAGGUAAUAUUUGUUUGUUCGUAAUAAAAUAUCAUAUUUUGCA